AUGACCAUAGACUACCCCCACUCUGACCAGAUAGUCUAUUAUUUUUUUGUAAUAUUCCUAGGCUGGUACCUAGUAUGGAAGUUGAUCUACACCAUAACCGGCUUCCACAUAGGAUCAAUCAGCAUAAACAAUGGGUUCCUGUUCAACAACGUGUCGAUACGACUAAAGAAGGCCAACAUAACCCUUCGGUCCUUCCGGUUUAGACUUUGGGGCAAUACCAGAAUGAUUAUAAUUGAUGAUCUAGCAGUUGUAUUACAUCUGUCCAAAGGAAACAAUCUAAACAAGGGUAACUGUUCAGACACCGCCAAACCAGAGUUGGAUAUUCCCAACAGUCUCAAUAUCUUCCCCAGUAAUCGAUUACUCCGAUACAUCACCCGAUUAGUUAUAUGUCAUUUACCCACAAUUGAUAUUGAGUUACGGCAUUCAACGUUUAAUUCGUCCCUGAAUGAUAAAUAUACGAUUGACUACUUGAGAUUUACAUUACUUACGAGAUAUAGUAAACGACAUAGCGACAAGGUGAAAAUCAACAAUGAAGUCACUAUAAAUGAUGUUGUUCUUCAUACCACGACAAGUAUUGGUGAAGUAAUCAACCCAAUCUCAAUCAGUGGGGUCAAAUUCCAAAUUAAAUUCCUGGUGAAUUACAAUGAUGGUAAGCUCGGAGAAUUAAACACGAGGAUUAACGUAAACGGAAGUAAGCUUCUGGUUUUCAAUUUCAUCAAAUAUUACGAAAUUUUAAGCUUUAUUGACGAUGACGAGUCAGUUUCUGCCCGAACACCAGAAGUAGUUGAUCACGAAAAGAGAAGAGCUAUACGACGAGUGGAGGUAUUUUAUAGAACCGUGCAUGCCAUAGUCACCGAUUUCAAUGUCAAUUUGCAAAACUGUCGAGUGACAGAUAUUCCGUUUGCAACUCUUGAAAAUAAUAUCAAUAUGAAGGAGUACUUUCAAGCAGACACGCCAAAGACAUCACUUGAGGUCCAUACCAAGUCUAUUUCGUUCAAUUUUGCCAGACUAUUUACAGAAUCGGCUGGGUUUGAAGUGUUGUUCAAUCCAAAAGUUGAUAGACCGUACCAUUUGACAUGUUCUGUCCACAUGCUUAGGGCAUUCUUUUCUCAACAAACCAAAUUAGCAGAUGGAUCCUUGGGAAGGGAUGACGAUGAAAUCUUAAACAUUCCAAACUAUGCAUUGACCUACAAGACCAACAUUUUAGAUCAAAUAGUGAAAGCCAAGGGAUUCAAGAAUUGUGUUGUAGAAGUAUAUUUUUCAGCCAGCACACCAAUAAUAGACCUAAGUACUAGGCAACUAAGUUCCGUGAUCUACAAUUUGGUCCUCCUUCGAAAAUUCAUGAGAUUAAAGCAAAUCAAACAAUUGAUAGCAGAUGUUGGAGCAAACGACUACAUUAGUGAUUUAGAAGAUGCCUACGAUAUAACCAACGUAGAUUUGGAAGGCGAUACUGCAUCUACAUUUUCAACUGAGUCAAGUAAACAUGAACCUUUGCGAGCAAUCAUUUGGAAAUAUUUGAACGAUUAUUACCCCCAUUUGGACAUAAAAUUAGUAAUUGAACAACCAAGAUUAGUGCUUAGACAUUGUGAAGGACCGAAACAAAACAUACAAAUUUUAACAUUUUCGUAUGCAUUAUUGAAUUUCAGUAUGUCCACUACGCCUUCUAGAGACUAUGAAGCCAGUUGUCAAGUAUUGUCUCCUAAUGUCGAGUAUCAAGAAAAAUCCGGAUUAUUGGCAGAAGAAUUCAAUAACGAAAUCAUGAGGAAACAAGUUGGUACUUUGAGUUACUUCAAUUUGAAGUUUGAUGUGGUUAAGAACUUGAAAGUGAAGAUGUUUAUGCAUUUGAAUGAAUUAUCAGUUGAUUUAACCAACAUUGACAUAUUUAAAGGAAUUCAUUACUUGUCGGUUGAUUUAAAGAAAAUGGCCGAGACCGAUAUAGAAAUUGGUGUGAUCAACAUUGCCUUGAAUAGACAAUUGAAUGAACUCAGACAGCGAAUAUUGAGCCAGAAAGUAGGUAAAGCGAAUCAACUCAGACAUCUAAGUAUAGAGGAUGAAUUGUUUAAGCCAUUGCCCAGUUGGCUAACAGAAAUCGAUUUAAGUUUAUCGAGGAUGAACAUUCUGCUUGGAUCAAGAUCAGUGUUGAUUGGAAAGGAUGAAUUGUUGGAGACCGAAGGAGACGGGUUGAUGUAUGAUUUUAGUGACAAUCAUGAAUUAAGAAAAAUAAAUCUAAAGAUGGAUCAUGGUAAUAUUAACAUCUUGAAUAAUUCUCUGCAAAAGGCGGACUUUUCAACUCCUUCUUCAUCGGUAUCUGGUUCUACUGAAUCAUUAAAUACAUUAACUUCGGCUGGUCGGGAUAUUGUUUAUUGGUCAGUGGGAACUAAAUUGGAAAACAUUUCCGUGUCCACUCAUAGUGAUAUUGAUUCCAGGCGAGCCAAAUAUUCCAAUAUAUUAGUGAUUGAUUGUGCUAAGCAAGUUGUCAAAGCCGUAUGUGAUUCCAACCACCACAAUACCUUGGUUGUCGAGGCAGAAGUUGAUCUGGUUAGUAUAAAUUAUGAUAGAUAUAAACUUUUCACGUUGAUUGGUGCUGUUUAUUUGGUGAAUGAAUACGUGAUACGACCAUUAAAAUUGAUUCAUUUGAAAUUGAAUAUGGAUUUGACCAGAUUCAACAAUCCUUUAACUCCCGAGAUCCUGAUUCCUGAAAGAUCGCUAUCGAGUCUCUUGUCCUACAAAUUAAAACUAGGGUCGGUCGAUGUUGUACUUGGACUAACCGAUAAUUUGAAGAUCAAAUUACAAGCUGUGCAAACUAUGGUAAAUGUCAUUGACAAAGAUGUCACUGUUUCAAUUGAUUUGGUAAGAUUAUUAGCAGACUCUCCAUUCAUCAAGGGUAAAUGGUGUCGCUUGUGUUGCUUGGAUACCUUAGGUUUAGAUUUCGGUAUCCCUCAAUCAUUAACUGAUUUGAAGAUUGAACUUAACACCUAUGCAAUUACAUUUCUUCAACCCCAUAAUUUUAUUAUGUACGAAGUUUUUGACAAUGUUGCUAUAUUAUGGAAGUUAUCCAAGAAUUUAGUGAGAAUACUAAACCAAAGAGGAUCAAAAGAAGGUCUGAAUGUGAUUCACCCGAAAUUGGAAAAAGCACUCAGGCUACCAUGGUUGAAUGUCAAGUCUAAACAUGUAAAAUUCAUGAUGGAAGAUGAUCCAUUUGAACUGCAAUUGAAUAUGAUUUACCAAUUGGGAAAAGUGGAACAGGCCAAGCGACAAGAACUCUAUUCAUUGUUUGAAGCUAGAGCUGAAGAAGAGCAACUUGAUUCUGAGGAAUACUUUAUCAAAUUGGAUUAUUUAAAUAAAACUGUUUCGUCGUCAUGGAUUAGGAAAGUUAGAGUAUUCCGAACCCAGUUGAAACAAGAAGUGCUUAACAAUCGGAAAUACUUGUUUGGCAUGGAUGCUGAUUUUGAAUCCAGUUUGAACGAUGAUGUGAUUCCAUAUUCAUACGAACCCCCUUUAUUGUCGUUUUACUUAGAUAACUUUGAUCUCAGGUUGUCCAUGCCAAGGUUUGAUAUUAAGAAACUCCCUAAAUUUAUAUAUGAAAUGGGGCAGGGGGUUCCUAAAGACACAAAAUACUCCUUGUUAAUUCCUAUGUUUGUUGAUCUUCGUUUAGGUGAACUUCGAAUGCAUUUACGUGAUUAUCCACUACCAUUAUGGCAUGCUCCUAGAAACAAAGACAAAUCCAAUCCAAGUUUGACCUUGGAUGGUCAUAUUGUGUUCACAAAGACAUAUUCUACCGCACCUGAACAACUCAAAAUUACAAAUUAUCAAAUGACUCCUUUCUCAAACAAGGGAAACAAGUCACCGUUUGAUACUAUCAGUAUAGAGAAAGUAAUAGCUAAGGUCAAGACAUAUAUGGAUUUAAACUGGCAUUUCAAUUCAGAUUAUCCUACGAGAUUUAUAUGGGGUACGUCGUAUAACUUUGGUAUCCAACAGUUUAUGCUUAAUUUUGAUCAGUUUUCCAGUCCGAUACUUGAUCCGUCAAAGAAGUUGGGUUUUUGGGAUAAAAUAAAGUUGAUUUUCCAUGGGCGGUUUAAAAUCAAAACGAGAAAGAGUUUGGAAAUUGGGUUCAAAGGAUCAAGGGAUCCUUACCAGUUAUUCAGUACUGCAUCCGGAUUUGUUUUAUCAUUUAGAAAGAAUGUUGUAUGGACAAUUAAUGAGAAGGAUGAUCCAACUAGUUUCUUUGAUAUUCAUGCUGAAAACAUCGCAUGGUAUAUUCCAAAUUAUUUGGGUGCUCCAUUAUUAUCAUGGACAAGAAAAAGCAAGGAUUCGAUUUACUUGCCAGAUUCACCAAGUCUUAUAAGCUCAUUCUUCGGCUACUAUUUAGAACCCAGCACAGGCAAACGAGUAGAUUUCGACUUCGCCAAGAAAGUCAUUGGAAAGACCGUGAUUAACCUAAGUGGUGGAGUUAGUUACCGGGUAGGAUUCUCAUUUCAAAGGCGAGAUGAAUCAGGAAUGCGAACGGAUACGUUCAUCCCGCAUUAUAAACUUGAAUUGUAUAAUCCUGAUUAUUGUGAACCAGAGCAUGAUUCGUAUAAAGGAUUCCGAAGUGAGUUUAUCCAUAUGUCGUAUUCUGUGAAUGCCAGUAGCGAUCAUAGUUAUAACACUGUCCAUUUAAGUCCGGGAGUGUUUCAUCAGUUUUUUAGUUGGUGGAAGUUAUUUUCUGGAAAUAUGAUGUUGCCGAUUAGAAAAGGAAUUAUGUUUGAAGAGGCGUCAAGGUCAGUCAAGUUUUCCCAACAUUUAGUUACAAAUAAGUUUUCAUUUUAUUUAAAGUCAUUGUUUAUUUCGCAUAUACAUCGUGAUGAAUUGAUGGAUAUGAAGGAGGAUAAAGUUGAAUGUGUGGGGUUGAGAGCAAAAGUUGAUCUUUUCUCGAUGGAUUUGCAUCAGAGGAAAGAACCUCGAGUUGAAUAUAAUGAAGAAUUAUCUAAGAAUAGUCGUAUCAUGAAGAUGAACUUCAAUAUUGGAGAGAUACACUUGUUUGGUAUUGAUUUGAGAGUGGUUCAGGCGUCAUUCAUUCAAAACAUGUAUUCACAACAACAACAGAACAUGUAUGAUGAUUCUGCUUCCAAAUAUGAUAUUUUUGACAACGAUAAAAAGUGGUUUGACAUUCGUGAUUACCAAGAAGGGUUCCUUCCGUCACUUGCUAAUUGUGAACGUACUGUGAAAAUCGCUCCGUUGGUAUUCUGUCAUAGAUUUACAUAUGAUAGAGAUACCCACUCUGACAACAAUUUCAAGACUGAUCCUUUCGGGGAUGAAGAAAUUCACGAUUGCAGAUUAGGUAAACUUAAUCCAUUUGAACCACAAAUUGAAGUUUUGAAUUCCAGAAUAAAUGCAUUAGAAAAGCAAAUAAAGAAAAAUACUAAGAAGGGAAGUUCAACCAAGCAGCUCAAGCAAAGAAUAGAGUUUCUUGAGAAGGAGAUUCAGAAGUUGAAGAAUGAAUGGAAAGGUUCUGGACGGAGACAAUCAAUCACGUCAAAGUUGGAUGAUAUUGAGUAUUAUCAUAAUAUGUUUACCAUUUUCAGUAUGUUAUUGAAAUGGAAUUUCACGAGUCGAAAUCUUGUCUUGAGGUAUAUUCACUUCAUUCAAUUUAGAACUUCAAUGUAUAAGUUUUUAUCACAUGAGUCUAUUGCAACUUUGGAAAGGAUUAUAGAUAGAAGUCAGGAAUUCCUACAAGGUGACGAUGUAUCCGUGUCAUCUGAUGUUAUUAGUCGAAUUGCCAAAUCGAGAAGAUCAGCGGAAUUUUCCAAACACAAAGCAUCAACUUCUCAGUUCAGACUAGAUAAUUUUGAUAAGAUAUUGAAGAAGAAACGGAUAACGGAAAAGUUCACUGAGGAUUACUUGAUUCAAUUCAUUUCACCUCAGAUUCAAUUACAAAGUGGAGACUGUCCCGAUUCUGUGGUAUUAAUUUCAGCCCCUUCGAUUGACGGUAAGAUUUUGUCCAUCAUUGAUAAUUCACUUACUUCAGAAUUACUAGAAACAAGAUAUGGGGUUGUUGUUAGAAAUGCAUCUGUGUUUGUGUUGAACAAAAAGGAUAUAAUUGGUUCGGAUGAUUUGGUUAUUUCUGAAAUGCAUUAUGGUGCAAAGUCCGCUUGGCCUCCAUGGUUAGGAACAGAAAUCACCUUGAAUGGUAAAUGGGCUGGACAAAACGAACUAUUAAUCGAAGAUCUUUCUGUGAUGUUAUUGUAUCAUGAAGCAGAAAUCUUGGGUGGUAAACUAGCUCAAAUCAAUGAUGCUACCUCACACUUUUCCGAGUUACAACUGGCAGAUUUUGCUGAUGCUCAUGAAGACGUUGAUGCACCCAAGAAACUUCGAAUUGAUGCACCAUCGGUGGUUAUUACAUCUACAUCAAGCCAGUAUUUCACCCUUUAUGUCAUUGUUCUUAGUUUGCUUUUUUACAGUGAACCAAUGAGCAAAGUGAUCCAUCAUAAACUAGAGAAAUUGAAGUUUUCCAUCGAUUUUCAAGAUUUGGCCUCAUUGAGUGAUAGGUUGAUUCAAAUGCAGACAUAUUACAAGUUGUUAAACAUGCUUAGUCAUAAUUAUAAUUUCCGUCAACAUGAACUUAGUAAUGAAGACUUGAAUAAUUAUUUGCUGCUUAAUCUCGAGAAGGGCGAAAUUUCAAGUGAUAUUUAUCUCUUGUUUAAAACGUUAUUAACUGGUGAGUUACUAAGUGAUGAUUCCCUGAAGGCAAUGCAGAGAUUCUGGUUGGUUAGAGCUGAUGAAAUUAUUUUACAUAUUUUGGAAGAUGAUAGAACUCCAAUUAUGGAUUUGGCCUUGGCUAGAGGAACAUACAAACGGAAAGAGCUUGAAGGUGGCUCAAACAUCAAUAGAGUUGAAAUUGGAAUGAUGCAAGGGUUUAAUCUUAUUCCACAUGCUCGAUACCCCGAUUUCAUUCAGCCAUUUGAGUUUGAUGAAAAGACCCAAGGUAAUAUGAUAGAUGCUGUAUGGACGAUGAAUAGAUCAGUUGGUGGGAUUAAAAUUGUGGAAAAUAUUGAAAUUAAUUCUAUGCCGUUAAAUAUCAAAUUGGAUGAGAAAACUGGUAGAAAAUUAAUGGAUUUCAUUUUCCAAUCUAAAGAAAGUCCUAUACUUGAAAUAACCCAUGAUUCAAGACGAACAAACAUCGAGAAUGAGCUGGAUUGUGAAGUGGAAAGCGGCAAUGGCAAUGGCAAUGGUAAAGGAGUGAAAUUUGAACUAGGUCUGGAAGAUAGUUCACGAGGCAAGGGGUCAUCUGGUAAUUCAAAGAACAAAACAAACAUGCCAGAAGAAGAUGAAGCUGAAGAUACCCAGAUUCAAACCAUGAUUGAGAGAUCAAAGACUUACUUUUCUGUUGUAUCAUUAAAGGUGAAUUCAAUUUCCUUGCAAGUGUCACUCAAGUUGAAUAAAGGUUACAAGAGACUAUUCAACGUACAAGAUUUACAUCUUGAUAUGCCCGAGAUUCAUAUCCAACAUCAAAUAAUGUCAUUAUUAGAAAUAACUAAGGUGUUUGAGAAGCAAAUCACAAAGACGCUACUUAACCAUGUUGGUAAACUUAUCUCGAACAAGUUUCUGAGUAUGAAGACCCCAACCAAGAGCUUGUCUCAUUUGAAGCAGCUCAAACAGUACCGUGAAUUUACAAACGUCCGUGACUUGGCAGACACCGAUGCAACUGAUGAUUCUCGUGUGCAUUCUAGUUAG